AUGGAAAACAUUAAUCUCAAACAUUUGCCGCCCAUAAGUGAAACGUUUCGGGCGUUUGAAAAAAGUCUCGGUUUUAAAAAUGACAUAAAAUGGACGAGUGCGAUUCUGCUGACACUUUACCAUAUUGCUGCUGUAUACUGGUGCUACCAUUACGCUUUGCCAGUCAAAAUGCAAACAGUUAUAUUCGCUGCAAUAAUGUACGUAGCAACGGGUUUUGGUAUAACAGGAGGAGCUCAUAGGUUGUGGACGCACAAAUCGUAUAAAGCAACUUUACCUCUGAAACUAUUUCUCUUAAUGUGUUUCGCUAGCGCUGGACAGAAUUCGUUAGAACAAUGGGUACGUGAUCACCGCCUUCAUCAUAAGCAUAGUGAUACUAACGCCGACCCCCAUAACGCGAAUCGAGGACUUUUCUUUUCACAUAUCGGCUGGUUAAUGAUGAAGAAAAAUAAAGAGGUUAUCAUAAGAGGAAAACAAAUGGAUAUGACUGAUAUUCAUGAAGAUCCAAUACUCAGAUUUUAUAACAAACAUUUUGCAUACUUCAGAUUGCUGUUUUGCUUUGUUCUACCUUUCAUGGUCAACGUUUACAUUUUAAAAGAAUCGUGGCAAUGUACUAUCGCGUGGCAGUGGUUUAUUCGUUUCCUGAGUAUGUUUCACUCUGAAUUGACCGUCAAUUCUCUUGCACACGCCUAUGGAUAUAGGCCCUAUAACAAGAAUAUUGUGCCUCGUGAAAAUCGAUUUGUUGCAACGUGUACUCUUGGAGAAGGUUGGCACAAUUAUCAUCACGCUUUUCCCUUCGACUAUAAGGCGGCUGAGCAUUUUGAUCUCUUUAAUUGGGGCACAUUAUUCAUUCAGGCCUUUGAAAAAUUAGGGUUGGCUUACGGUUUACGUAUGGCAACACCAGAAAUGAUUAGUAACCUUUCUAAUAGAUUAGGUGAAAGUGCACAGUGA